AUGCCUACUGAAACUGAUCUUGAGAUCAUCCGAACAUGUCUUCUUAUUUUUGCUAUUGUUGGUAUCUUUGGGAAUGUCAAUAUUAUUUGUGCAACAUUUCAAAAUAAAACUUUGCAGCAUAAAUGUGGAGUAAUGUUAGCAAUAUUAGCCUGUUGUGAUUCCCUUUGCCUUCUUAAUGAGUUUCAAUCGUUCCUUCGGAUGACUCUCAAAUUAACAGAGUCUACUUUGAGAAAGUGCUUUUGGGCCAACUCUUCUUAUGUUUUCAUAGAACCAUUAGAAGUUUACAUGAUAUUUGCUCUGGCAGUUGACAGACUUAUCGCUUUGAAUUUCGUUGUUUUGUACCGAACAGUGAACCGAAAUAAAUAUCUGCUGAUUUUGGUAACACCUGGAAUCCUUUUCGGAUUUAUAUUUCUGGUGGUGAGCAUGGUUCAGCUAGAUGAUUCAGAUGUGGAUCCUUGUAUUCUUCCAAAUUCAAUGCCGCCCAAUGUUUCGAAUAUUUGGAAUCAAUAUAAUCUAUGGGGAGCUGUAGCAACACUUCUGGUUUACAUAUACACUUAUAUGGUGGUGUAUUGCUGCACAUUCAAAAACAAGACGGAGAAGAACAUUGUGAUUCAGAAGGCGAUUUUAAACACAGUGAUAGUGGGUGCCGCAGUGUUUUCCAUUUCUUCCGUUUUGUCGGCGUCUCUAAUUGCAGUGACCAGCAAUAUGAAGGAUCCACCGUUGGAUCCAGAUACAGUGUCGACGUAUGCUGUUAUUCCGGGUCUCAUCUCAUACUCGUGUAAUUUUUAUGUGUACUAUUGGAGGAGCACCGACUAUCGUAACGCGUUCAUCAAGCAAUUAUGUUGUGGAAAAGUGCUGACAACUCAAGAUAAAGUCGUUUCCGUGAUGUCAGUUUCCAAUGUUUCCGUUUCGAAGCAACGAGCCACUUUGCUUUAA